CCGCUGCCCGGCAGGCUGUCCCAGACCGCGCCGCGCUCUGCGGCAGGACUGAGAGCUGGAUACCUGGUCCAUGGUCUACUGGUCACGCUGUGAGGUGUGAGUACUUACCCUGCUGUCCCAUUUGGCAAGGCUUCUGAAGUCAAAGGCUUUGUAAGCUUUCACACUUCCUAUGGUGCUGGAUUCCAGGGCGACCCAGUUUGGGAGAAACAAGUUUACGGCUGCCCUGGCUUCCUGGCCCUCAUGGCCCGCGUGUUCGUGUACGGGACCCUGAAGAGAGGCCAGCCCAACCACAAGGUCCUGCUGGACCCCACGAACGGCCGCGCCGCCUUCCGCGGCCGGGGCCGCACGCUGGAGCCCUACCCCUUGGUGAUCGCCGGCGAACAUAACAUCCCGCGUCUGCUCAACCUCCCGGGGCAAGGGCGGCUUGUGCUCGGCGAGAUCUACGCCGUGGACGAGCGGAUGCUGAGCUUCCUCGACGAGUUUGAGGGCUGCCCGGACGUGUACCAGCGCACCCCGGUGCAGGUCGCGGUCCUCGAGUGGGAAGGCGCGCGCGGGGCGCCCGAGGAGACGCCGGCCGCCGACGGGACCCUGCAGUGCUUCGUGUACAGCACGGUCACCUACGCACCCGAGUGGGUCCGCCUGCCGCACCACGACGACUACGACUUCCAGGGGGAGCACGGGCUUCGCUACAAUCCGCGGGAGAACAGAUGA